UAUAGUUGUGUGGUAGCACAUUCUCUUACAUGUCCAUAUGCAAGAUAAAACUCUUCUUGGAAUUCUAAUUUAUAAGACAAACCCACCUUUAAAGAUCUAGUGGUCACACGCAAGUACUAUAUAAAGAAUUAAAGGCCCACAAAGAAAAACAUGGACCAAUAUGAAGGGAAUCACAGAAGAAACAAUGUAAGUCAAAGAAAUACCAGUAUAAACGCAAACGUACUUCCAUUUUGAGCCACAGGAUGUCGUUGUUCUCCAAGGAGAGGAUUGUUUUAACAAAGAAAACUACCAUUAUUCCCAGGAUCAGAAAGAUUCUCCACCUUUCCGGAGCUUUAAAGACUACAAGCACACCCAUAUUGUUAAGAUCAUCUGGGACCUCAGGAAUAAAGACUCGGAAGAAAUAUCUCAAAAGGACUACACCUUUCUACUCGCGAAAUGUUGAUUUACUAACCAGAAUCAAGGCAUGAUGUUAGCUUCAGGAUCAGGUGACGAGGGAACCCGGUUUUUGCUGCUCUCGCUUCUGCUCUUCGCUCCUCAGGAGACCGGGAGCCGCCAGGUACACUACGCGGUCCCCGAGGAGGCCAAGCACGGCACCUUCGUGGGCCGCAUCGCGCAGGACCUGGGGCUGGAGCUGGCGGAGCUGGUGCCGCGCCUGUUCCGGGUGGCGUCCAAAGGCCGCGGGGACCUUCUGGAGGUAAAUCUGCAGAAUGGCAUUUUGUUUGUGAAUUCUCGGAUCGACCGCGAGGAGCUGUGCGGGCGGAGCCCGGAGUGUAGCAUCCACCUGGAGGUGGUGGUGGAGAGGCCGCUGCAGGUUUUCCAUGUGGAGGUGGAGGUGAAGGACAUUAACGACAACCCGCCUGUGUUCCCGAGAACACAAAAGAAUCUGUAUAUCGCGGAAUCCAGGCCGCUUGACUCCCGGUUUCCGCUAGAGGGCGCCUCGGAUGCAGAUAUCGGGGUCAACGCUCUGCUGAACUACAGACUGAGCCCCAAUGAAUACUUCUCUCUGGAAGUACCGACCAACGACGACCAGGUAAAACCGCUUCAACUGGUACUAAAAAAACCUUUAGACAGGGAAGUCGCUUCGGAGCUCCUCUUGGUGCUUAAAGCAACAGAUGGGGGCAAACCUGAGCUGACAGGUACUGUAGAAGUACAGAUCACAGUGCUGGAUGCAAAUGACAACGCCCCGGUAUUUGACAAAGCAGUCCAUCGGGUAAAGCUACUGGAAAAUACAAGGAAUGGCACGCUGGUUCUUAGACUUAACGCCUCGGAUUUGGACGAGGGUUCAAAUAGCCACAUUCUUUACUCCUUUGCAACUGAUGUCUCCCCGGAUACAGCAGCAACUUUUUGCAUAGAACCAGUCACUGGAGAAAUAAAAGUAAAUGGAAAAAUAGAUUUUGAAGAAACUCAAUUAUGGAAGCUUCAAAUAGAAGCAGUUGAUAAUGGAAGUCCCCCAAUGUUUGGUCACUGCACCAUCUUGAUAGAAGUCGUGGACAUCAAUGAUAAUGCUCCGGAGUUGCUAGUGACUUCACUCUCACUUCCUGUUCCUGAGGACGCUCUACUGGGGACCGUCAUCGCCUUGAUUAGUGUAACCGACCAUGAUGCCGGUGUCAACGGGCAAGUGACCUGCUCAUUAACACCCCAAUCCCCCUUCAAGCUGAUGCCCACCUUCAAGAAUUACUAUUCGCUGGUGCUGGACAGCGCCCUGGACCGCGAGAAGGUGUCACACUACCAGUUGGUGGUGACUGCGCGGGAUGGGGGCUCACCUUCGCUGUCGGCCACCGCCAGCGUGUCCGUGGAGGUGGCCGACGUGAACGACAACUCGCCGCUGUUCGCGCAGCCCGAGUACACGGUGUUCGUGAAGGAGAACAACCCGCCCGGCUGCCACAUCUUCACGGUGUCGGCGCGGGACUUGGACGCGCAGGAGAACGCGCUGGUGUCCUACUCGCUGGUGGAGCGGCGGGUGGGCGAGCGCGCGCUGUCGAGCUACGUGUCGGUGCACGCGGAGAGCGGCCAGGUGUACGCGCUGCAGCCUCUGGACCACGAGGAGCUGGAGCUGCUGCAGUUCCAGGUGAGCGCGCGCGACGCGGGCGUGCCUCCUCUGGGCAGCAACGUGACGCUGCAGGUGUUCGUGCUGGACGAGAACGACAAUGCGCCUGCGCUGCUGCCUCUCACGACGCGCGCCCUGGACGAGGCGGACGCACCGCGGCAGCGCCUGCUGGUGCUGGUGAAGGACCAUGGCGAGCCGGCGCUGGUGGCCACAGCCACUGUGCUGCUGUCGCUGGUGGACAGCGGCCAGGCGCCUAAGGCCUCUUCGCGAGCUUCUUUGGGUGCCCAGGGCUCAGGGACGGCGCUGGUGGACGUGAACGUGUACCUGAUCAUCGCCAUCUGCGCGGUGUCCAGCCUGUUGGUGCUCACACUGUUGCUCUACACAGCGCUGCGGUGCUCCGCGCCGCCCACCAAGGGCUGGUGCGGACCAGGGAAGCCCAAGCUAGUGUGCUCCAGCGCGGUGGGGAGCUGGUCAUUUUCGCAGCAGAAGCCGCAGAGGGUGUGCUCUGGGGAGGGGCCGCCCAAGACGGACCUCAUGGCCUUCAGCCCCAGUAUACCUCCUGGUUCUAGAGAUAACGGAGAACAACAGGAGAUUUGCGGGAAUAUAUAA